AUGGCAUCCUUGCUAUCCAAGCCAGAUGCGACAAGCGAUUACUCGGCUACCGCCGCUGGUUAUUUCACAAACGGUGUUUAUCAGGUGUACAAGUACUAUUAUCAAAAUAUGACGGGUUACCGAGUCGGGACGGCUCCGUCGACAGACCUAAAGUUGGAGGCAUACGCCACGGUCGGGAACGAUGGAUACGCGCGUGUUCUCGUUGGAGUACGGAUCGAGGAAGGAACGUGGCAGUUGCAGUUGAACGAUCUGUCUGCUCUAGGUCUGCGCACCAGUGGUGCACUUAAUUUGCAUACCUGGGGGUUUCCUGUGAAGAAUGCCGACGUGCAUUAUGGCGAGGUGGAUGCACCCACUGAUCUCGGGUGA